AUCUUCUCACACGUUUCAUACGAACAUACUACUACAUCUUUUACAGCGAAAAAAAAAAAAGGAUUAAGAAUUAUUCUAAAGAAAAAAAAAAAAAAAAAACAACAAAUAUGAGUUACCUGAACCGUGUUUGGAUGGCGGCAACCGUGGCGGUGGCACAAGGCCACACUGAUCCAGGCCACAAGUGCAAAACAGCUCUCGGAUCUAUUCACCAAAACCGAACUCGCCUCUUCUCCCCCGGAAGUUUAUCGGAUCUCCGGCCGUUGUCCGGCGUCGUUGUAUCGGACGUAACCGGGAGUUCUGAGGUGGAAGAGAGGUUGAGACGAACCGACGAUUCUCUCCGGAAAGUGAUGUACAUGAAUUGCUGGGGUCAAGUGUAAAUUACUAGAGUCAAACCUCCCAGGUAGCGUUGAACUCGGUGGAAAUCGCCGCAGUCGCCGGAGAAUUGAUCUGAAUCGACUGAGUCGAAUCGGUUGAUGUUGACUUGACUCGAUCGGAGGGAAAGCCGUGAUGGUUUUGGCUUUUGUUAUUGUAAAUUGUUAUUGUAAAUUGUAAUUAACUGAUCAGUGAAUGAAUCUCUUCCUCAAUCAACUGGAGCACAUUCCUAA